UGUUUGCCUCUCCAGAAGCGGGCGCGAUUUGGUAGUCAGUAUGAGGAGCAUGUGGUUCAGUAUCCAUUGAAUCGUCGUGGUGAUGAAAGUGCACCCAUAAGGCGCAAGAGCUGUUUGUGAAGAGAGUGCAGCUCGUGUGAUAUAAAUAAUAUCCCGAAUUUUUGGGAAGUGUUGAGACGUAAAAUUUGCACUUUAGUCCCACGAAAAGUUUCGUGAAAAGGGCCUGUAUUCACGGUACAUACACGUGAGCGCCAUGGAGGCCCCGACCGCGAGUGAAUCCGGUUUAAAGCCAAUCAUUCUCGAUGAAUUGACCAAAAUUGGCACUUCUGGACCAUGGCUUUGGAAAAUAUUCAUCUUAUGUGUCACACCGAAUAUUCUCAAUGGAUUUCACGUAUCAUCGUACGUUUUCCUGGGAGCCCUCCCUGAAUCCUAUUACUGUGUCGUGCCUGAGCUUUUGGCAGCCGGAUGGACACCUGAACAAAUGAGGAACAUCUCAACACCCGGGAAUACUCUGCCAGCACAUAGCUGUGGGAUCCUCAAUUGGAACUACACACAAUUGAGUGAAAUGGACAUUGAGGAAGCAUUCCACUAUGUUCAGGAUCUCACACAGCCUGACACGGUGCCCUGUAAGCAUCAUCCUGCGAACUACUACACCUACGAACAGGAUGAGGGGGUGUCAAUUGUCACCGAAUGGGAUCUUGUGUGUGAAAAUAAUGUCUGGCGCACAACAGUACAGGUUGGCCUGAGUAUUGGGAAGUUUAUUGGAGCCUCACUCUUUGGUGUUAUUUCGGAUAAAUUUGGCCGGAAGACAGCCUUUGUGGGAGGUGCGUUUCUCUAUUUAGUCAGUGGCUUCCUCACUGUCUUCACACAAAACUAUUUCCUCUUCCUUCUGGGAAGGAUUGGACUGGGAAGCUCAGCUUCCGGGCUGUUUUACGCAGCUUUCACGCUUUUGACUGAAAACAUCGCUCUGAAGCACAGAUCGUGGAUGAGCAUCAUGUUUACCAUCUCCUACCCAACUGGGAUGCUAAUCUUGACACUUUUUGCGUAUUUCUUGCCCAUGUGGCGAUCCCUACAGCUAGCUCUUAUCCUCCCGGGACUUCUGCUAAUUGUUCACUGCUAUUUCCUGGACGAAUCGCCUCGAUGGCUCGUUAGCAAGAAUCGCGAGAAGAGAGCCUACACAAUUGUCUUCGGGAAGAAGCCCAAUGUGGAUCUAAUCUUCAAAGCAUCGAAGAAAGUAGAUGAACCUGCAAUUGGAGAUAGUGAAGCUCCACCUUCAAAUAUUGCAACAAAAUUGCGAAAUUCUUUCCGGGAAUUCGCAGGGCUGUUUAGCACGUGGACCCUUCGGAAGAGAAUCCUCAUUUGCUACUUUGUAUGGUGCGUCACAUCCAUGUCCUACUACAUUACGGCAAUCAAUGCAGAUAAUUUGUCUGCAAAUAGAUACCUCUAUGUGGCUUUUACGGGUCUUGUGGACAUACCCGCGUACAUCAUUCCCAUUUUCAUUUUAAAGUACACGGGCAGGAGGAUGUCGUCGUUUGGACUCUACCUAGCGGCAGGAUUGAGUUUACUUGCAGUUUUAGCAAUUCCCAAAGAACAAUCAACACUCAUUGUGGCUUUUGCAAUGUUUGGCCGUUUUGGCAUCAGCGCUGUGUAUGCUGUGCUCACCCUGCACACAGCUGAGCUCUUCCCCACGGAGAUUCGAAACUCUGCCCUUGGAACGAGUUCAACAAUGGCCCAUGUUGGAUCAAUGGCAGCUCCCUACAUUGUUGAUCUCCUCGGUUUGAUUGCAUGGUACAUCCCAACGACAAUCUGCGGUGCAUCCAUCCUCCUUGCGGGCUUCCUGUCGCUCCUGCAGCCUGAAACAGCUAAUCGUGAUCUACGGGAUCACGUCCAGCAGGAGGAUGAGGAGAAAAAAGCAUCAGCAUAGUGAUUUUCCACCAUUUUUUUUUAUUAUUUUCAUUACAAUCAAAAUGUAACGUAUAUUACAUCGCAUGUGUCACUC